CGUUGGAUAGGAUGAUUAAUGAGCUAGUGCUCUUAGCAAUCGUACGACUAACUCUAGUAUAUAAAGAGGAUAGGAAUUAACUUAAUCGUUAUUAAUUGUGUGACAAGUAGACUGUUUGGUUGUCGAUAUGGCUAAGUUACUGAUAUUCGCGUUGCUCCUUGUAGUUGUGGUGGCUUCGGUAGCAGCAUACCCAGGUGGUGGAGGCGGCGGCGGCGGCGGUUACGGAUACGGCGGAGGUUCCGGAGGAGGUGGUUACGGAAAUCACGGACACAACCACGGUGGACACGGCUACCACAACCGUGAUCACGGAAACCACAACCGUGGACAUCAUGGUCACCAUGGUCAUAAAUAAACAAAACAUAUUUUUGGCCUCUAACGCUAACAUGUUGACGAAUUUUAACAUAGAAUAGUUGUAAUAAAUGUGGCAAAAUGUC